GCGGUACUACUUCGGCGGCGCGGAGGGAGGGUUUUGGGGGCUGUGUCGGGUCGGCCUGGGGGAGGGGGGUGAGGCGGCUGCGCGGAGUGUUGUGGAGCGGCGGCGGCGCGAGGCGGGCUCGCGGGCGGUGCGGACACGGGGCACGAAGCGCCGGCGGCCCGGCCUGAAGCGACAGGGUCUCCCACAUUCUUCCCCCCCCUCCCCCAGGCUACCGUUACAGCCCCCCCCCCCCCCCCCCGUCCACUAGGCCUCUGCCCACACCAAGCCGGCAAUCCUGGAGAUGGAAAGGAAGCGUUUCGAGUGCUCGGCGCUCCCCUCCGGCUGGAAAAGGGAAGAAGUGACUCGAAAGUCGGGCCUGUCGGCGGGGAAGAGCGACGUCUAUUAUUAUAGGUUGCCUGUCCAUCACGCACCAUUCCCUGGCCAAGAAGAGAGGCAGGUGAUCUGCUACCAGGCCUCUGCCAAUGUAGCUCUUGAGCUGUCCACUAGGAGCCCAAGUGGAAAGAAGUUCAGAAGCAAGCCACAGCUUGCACGUUACCUGGGAAAUUCAAUGGAUCUGAGCAGUUUCGAUUUCCGAACAGGAAAAAUGUUGAUCAGCAAACUGAACAAGAACAGACAGAGACUGCGCUUCGACUCUGCCAACCAGGUCAAGGGCAAACCAGAUCUGAACACUUCACUACCUGUUAGACAGACAGCUUCAAUCUUCAAACAACCAGUUACCAAAGUGACCAACCACCCCAACAAUAAAGUAAAAAUGGAUCCACAGAAAGCUGUAGAACAGCCACGGCAGUUAUUCUGGGAGAAGAAGCUGACUGGAUUGAAUGCAUUUGACAUUGCUGAAGAAAUCAUAAAGACUAUGGAUCUACCUAAAGGUCUACAAGGUGUGGGGCCAGGAUGCACAGAUGAAACUUUGUUGUCUGCUAUAGCAAGUGCUCUACAUACUAGUUCCAAUCCUAUUACUGGACAGGUCUCUGCAGCAGUAGAAAAAAAUCCCGGUGUGUGGCUGAAUACUUCGCAACCUCUCUGCAAAGCUUUCAUGGUCACUGAUGAGGACAUUAGGAAGCAAGAAGAACUUGUACAACAAGUGCGGAAGAAGUUGGAGGAGGCACUGAUGGCUGAUAUGCUAGCACAUGCUGAAGAAUCUGGAAAGGAGUCAGAUAUAGCACAAGACAAGGAAGAGGAUGUAUAGCCAAGGAGAUUCUUAGAAUCCAAUAUUUUUCAGGGAAGUAUGGACAUAAAGAUGAGUGAAAAUAUUCGUAAGGAUGAGAAUCACUGAAUAAUUGUAUCAUUUGGAAUUUCUGCAUCCAAACUGGUUUAUAAUAUGUUUGAAGAACUACUUUUCCAGUUUAAAAAUAAAAGUGCUUUUUGUCAGAUGGAAACAGUCAUUGUGAUGGGCAUGUAGACCAUUGCCAGUAAUCAUUUUUAAACUUGAAGUUUGUUUUUAUAUGCUCACAUUUUUUAAAGCUAUGUAAAAUACUGUAAAAUUUGAUAUGUGCAGGUUGUCUGUUGGUAGGUAUAUUCAUUGUUUGUGGUUUAAUCGUGAAAUAAGCAUACAUCUCUGGUGACGAGCGCCAGAAAAUGAAUCCAAUAUUUCUAGUUUUGUAUGUUGUGUUUCUAGGCCAUUGCAUUCUUAAUCCUGUAAUGAGGCAAACUGCAUUCAUGCAUGUUUUGUGGAAAAUUGUUUUGCAAGUGUUUUAUAAUGCAUGUUUCCAAUUCUUCCCCACCUUCAGUACAUGUACAUUGUGUAGUUGAAGCAAACUGUAAAAGCUGGAAUAGCUUGUUAAUAAAAUCUGUUUACUAAAUAUUUUUUAUUUGUAAUGUUUUGCAGGUGAGCUGAUGCACCAUGCCAUUAGAUUAUAGAAUUAUUUAAUGUACUUCUCUAAUCUGUAUUUGGAAUCAGCUGCAAGCCCACAAAGACAAAAGACCAUGAACAGUUAUCAUGGUUUGGGAUUUCUUUCAAUGGAAGAGAUUUGAGAGUUAAUAUUUGAAGUGUUAAAACUGCCCCUUAGGUUUAAAAGGUCACUGAAACAAAGGCUACAGUUAUUGGGUCGUUUAUUGAAACUAGACCUGCUAAUAUUCAGACAUUUGUGCUCAAGUUGCAGUUAGUUUAAAUCAAGGUCAGAUUUGAUAUCUCUUUCUUGUGUGUCUGGAAAUGCAAACAGCUUAACAAUUUGUAUCUUAAAGUGUCAGAGUCAACCUUGGGAAAGAUGAAAUUAGAAUGUGCACAAAAGAUGUUAUGUAUUUUAGACUAUCGGGGUAUUCUGCUGCAAACCUAAGUUAUAAGAAAAAUGGACCAACAUUUAUAUGUGCCUUUCACCACCUUAAGUUGCAAACAAGUACUUUCGAUAAGAGUCAAACAUUUUACUAAUGUAGACAACCUGGUAGCUGAUAUGUGUUCAGCAGGGAUCUACUAACAGAAAAAUGGUAGUGAACAGUUAAUCAGCUAAUUUUUAAGCAGAACUCUGGGCAAACAUUUCCUUGUUGCUCUUCAAAGUAAUGCCAUGGACUUGUGUACACUUGAGAUGAAAAGUCAUCUAAAAGAUGCGCCCCUGACAAUACACAGAUCUGGACAAUCGACCUAGCUUUUAUACUUGGGUCUUUGGAGCAGAACAUGAACCCAUAACCUCAAACACGUUCCUGAAUGAAUGCAAAAUGUUUGGACCACUGAAAACCGUCACCAUUGCAAUUGCUACGUGCGUAUCACGUGUCGGUGCAAAACUUGAAUGAUGACCUUAAUCUGAAAUAAUCAUCCUGUCUUAUCAAUUUAGCAGUUCUGUAAAUUAAAGCUGUAUGAAAUUUAUGCAAAAA